AUGUUCUCAACAAGAAUACAGCAGAGCGGUAAAAGAGAUGUACAGAUGUACAGGAAACUGCCUUGGGAUAAAAGUAAUGGGCACACCAUGAAGCUAUUUGAGAGAGUGCUGGAUGCAAGGAUAAGAGAAGGUACAGAUGUUAGUGAGCAGCAAUUCGGGUUUAUGCCAGGUAAAGGUACGACAGAUGUCAUCUUUAUAUUUAGGCAACUAAUGGAAAAGUAUGCAGAAAAACAGAAAGAUCUACAUUUUGUGUUUAUAGACUUAGAAAAGGCUUAUGACCGAGUACCGAGACAAGUGGUAGGAUUGCAUCAAGGGUCUGCAUUUAGCCCAUACCUCUCUGACCUAAUAAUGGAUGUAUUAGCCUACGAAGUAAAGGAGGGUGUAACAUGGAGUAUGCUUUUUGCGAAUGAUAUUGUUUUGGUGGGAACGUCAAAACUGGAUGUAGAGAGGAAGCUAGAACAAUGGAAAAGAGCUUUAGAAGGUUCACACAUAACAAGUAGUGGAGACAAGGACGUAGAGUUAAACCACAGAAUCCUACCAGCAUGGGCAAACUGGAGGAGAACAUCGGGUGCCUUGUGUGAUAAGGAAAUUAACUUGAAACUGAAAGGAAGAGUAUAUAAAAGCGUUGUCAGUCCUGCAAUGGUGUACGGGGCAGAAACUUGGCCAAUUAAAAAGGCCGAGGAAAGAAAAUUAGAAGUAUGA